GGCAAAAAUUUAGUUAUAAUUUGUUUCGGCUGGAAUACAAUCAACUAAAUUUUUUUUCAAUCAAGUGUUCUCAACUGAAAAAUAUUUGGGUGUUUUAUAGCAUCUCCCCUAAGGCCAGUUGAUAUAUUGAUAACAGUUUCAUUUAGUGAUAUGCUUGAAUAUUCAGUAAAAUUAUACAUCUUCCGUUAUAGUAUUAACUAUGUCAGACAUAAAUAAUACUAAAUAAUUUUAAGGCGAUGAGAGAUUGUCAAUUUGCUCCAAAACCAAAUAUAUUUUACAUUUUUAAUUGUUUUUAGUUAUAGAUUUAUUUUUUUAUCGUAUAUUUUUUCUUUAACUUGGUACCUGAAUUAUGCUGAAUUUUGAAUAAAAUGCAAAGAUUUCAAAGAGAUUUAAGUGCCAUUGUACUUGAUGAAAUAGCUUUAGAAGGUUUAGAUGGUAUAACUGUUGAAGCGUUAUGCACAAGACUGUCAAUUUGUAAUGAUUGGCCAAUAAAACCUAUCAAUGAAUCAGUGAAAACGAUAAUUUGGUCCAUUGUAGUAUGUUUGAAAAAUAUUGAGUUCUAUAGACUCAAUGAACCUAGGGAACCUUUAGUCAUAUAUAACAGAUAUGAGUACAUCCACGGUCAAUUUGGAUCAAUAUAUGAACCUAAAGAUACGCCAAAAGAUAUAUAUCCAAAUCAUUGUAUUGAAGAUGGGUUAAUUAUGGGUUCUUGUAAAGACUAUUUCACAAGAUUUAAUCUUGGAACAUUUCCAAGAAAAAUAACUGUUGAAGAAGUAGAAAAACGGUGGAAUAAUUGUUUGGUUAUUGUAGCUUCCCAAGAAGUUCGCACAAAAGCUUUAAUUCCAGAAGAAAAACAAUUUUCUCUAAAACUACCAGUGAGGUCUUAUUUAGUUUUAGAAAAAAUAGGUCGUGCACGAUAUUUGGGAGAAGCUUCUCAUGGAACUCAUUCAUUAAGGAGCAUAUUUCCUGAUCCAAAAGCAUUAUCUUAUAUAAGAAAUCGAUUAACUCUUGAUGGAUUAAUAAAAAAUCAAAUAGUAGCAUAUGCUGGUACAAAAACUCAAAUGGGAAAUCGUGUUGUUAUUUCAAGUUUAAUAAGAUUUUUUGUAAAACAACAAUCUGUAAUUGAAGUUAUGGUAGAAAAAAUUGUAGAAUUUUUAAAAAAACAGCCUAAUCAAAUAGCUACUUAUGAUCAAGUUAAAAGCACAUGUAGUGUUAGCUUAGCAAAAACAUUUAAGCAACCACAACUAAAAAAAUUUUGUAACACUAAUCUAAAACUAAAUUAUAGAGACUUAUAUCCAAAUGCUACCAAGACUGAAUAUAUAAAUAAAAAAGAUCCAAAGGUUGAAAGAACAUUAAGAUGUAUUCAAUUAAAACAAGAAUAUGAAACAAAAAACCAAGAUUUACAAAUAGAAAAAAAAUUAGACAUUAAAGGUCAUGAAUUUAAAAGGGAUGCUGCUUUUGAUAGACAAAUACUUAGAUGGAUUGAAAACCAAGGUGAUAAUGGUGCUACUCUUUCAGAUAUUUCUCGUGUUUUUCGAUUUACUUCAGAUGGUAACUUAGAUAAUAUUUUGAAAUUACUGAUAAAAUCAAACUAUCUUAGUAAACAUUAUUGUGAUCGAGGUCGUGCUAAAGUUCAUGUUUAUGUUGCAAAAAUAAAAUGUUCAACAUCAGUUAAAAAUGAAAAUAUUUUUUUGGAAAAAAGUGUUAUUGCAUUAGUUACAGAGGAAUCACUUAUGGAUAGUCAAAACUUAUUACAAGAUACAACAUUAAAUGAUACGACUUCAAUUACUCCUAAUGAUGAUACUAAAAAUACUACAUUAGUUAAUAGUAAUAUUAAUCAAUGUAUCAACAGUAAUGAAAUUGAUAAAAAUGAUUAUAGUAUUACAAAUUUGGAUAAUAGUUUUGAAAAUAUAACUACAACUGAAGUAAACAGUUCAAAUGUUUCAACUAAAAUAUCAUUACCCAACAAAGUAAUAUUAAAUGACGAUGGUUUGUCUAAUGACUUAGAACAGCAAAUAACAAGAACAAUGGAUGUAGGAUAUUGUCAACAGUUGUAUGAGAAUUCUAAGCAAACAAUUUUUAUGACUGAUCGUUUUUUUUUUCGUCAGCAAAUUAUAUUCAGUGUAUUAAAUACAGAUAGUGUAAUCAGCUUAGUAAACUUAAAAAAAACUAUUAUUAAUACUGAAAAAGAAAAUCCAAAAUUUAUUGGAACACUUGAUAUAAAAACAUUAGUUAAAAUUCUUGGAUACUUUGAAUCAAAAGGUAGAUUGAAAUCAGUAUUAUAUAAAGUCAGUUAUGGCAAUAAAACUAUAAAUCAAACAUUUAUUGGUGUUCCUGAUAUUGAUUUCAGUCAGCCUGAUAUUAUUUCUUACAUGAAUAGCUUCUUAAAUAAAUUCAACAAUAAAAUGAAAACAAAAAAAGCAAAUAAAAAAUGGAACCUAAUGGUGUAUAAAUCGCCAGAACCGAAAAUUGACAUAUUUGAUUUGAAAUUACCCAGGUUUAUGAAAAUGAGAUCAUUACAUGAGUAUUUAUUUUAUAUUGUGUACGAACACCCUGGAACAAGUUUAACAAAUGCGUGUGAAGAAACGGAAAAAACUGUUUUAAGUUACAAGAAUGACUUGAUUCAAAGUGAUAAAGUUCAAAUACCUAUAGUUUAUAAUCCAACAAUUGGUUGGAAAAUGUUUGUACCACCAUUACCUAAAUAUCCAAAAUACCCUGAAGGCUGGUUUUUUGUUAGUGACAUAAUUCAUCAUAUGCCAUUAGACUUAAUGUUAAAAAUUGUUAAUUUUAACAAAACAAAAGUCAAUUUAGAAAAACUUGUAAAUUAUGCUACUCAUCCUGUUUUUAAAUACUUACCUCUUAUGACUUUGUCCUCAGAAGUUCGUAAUAUAUUAUCACAAGGAUUAAAAAAACAUAUUCAAAAUACCUUAAGUGUUUUACGUUUAUUGUGUACCAUUGGAUUAUUACAGUUUGGUCCAAAAACAUACAAGGAUACUGAACUAAUUUAUGCAUAUUUAAAUAGACGUGCUAGUUUGUUAAAUACUGUUCAAAGUGAGCCAAGUUAUUAUCGAGUAUCUGAUAUAACUUACGAACGCCGACUAUAUGAAUUUACUAGCAGUUAUGAAAUAGAAAAUUAUUGGUUAGAUACCUGGUAUUUUUGUACCAAUACUCCUCUGGGUUAUAGAACAACAAAUAGCAGUAAUAAACCAGGAAGGCAAGAUAUGCUUGAAAGAACUAAGAUGGUUAUUGAAGAAUGUUGUGCAUCAAGAAGUGAAUUUGAAGCGAUAGCUCAAGAUGAUGGAAGUAUACCUGGAGAUAAUAAAGGAGCAGCUGGAUUUGAUAGUCAUUUGUAUUCGCAUUUAUCAAGAAAUUGGAAUAUUAAGAAAAAAUUAAAUCAAUUAACUUCCAAGAAAAAAACAAAAAAUUUACUAUUAUCUCAAAGAAUAUUGAAGAAUCGCAAGAAAAAAGAAACUAAGAAAACAGAAGAUACUUCUAAUAAAUUAUAUCAAAUAAGAUACAAGUGGACUCCAAAUGAAGAUAAUAUAUUAAUUUUUUGGAAAGUUGGUACGUUUUUAAUCAAACAGGUUCAGAGUCAUGCAUUUAUUUCAUAUGGAAUUAAAGAUGUCAUGAAAUCUGUGUUUGGAAAGUUUUAUCGUUUGAAAAGUGUUGACAACUAUUUAAGAAGAAUACGUUAUCUCAUGAAAAACCCAUUAAUUGAAAGUAGAGUCCAACAUUUAUAUGAAAGCCUUAAAACUGAUGAGGAAGUUAAAGACAUGUUUAAAAAUGAUAUUCAAAAACAAAAAGAAUUAUACAUGUCAAAAAAAUUUAGAGCCAUGAGAGAAUUAAUUGUUAUGAACAUAAAAAAACUUGUUAUUUUUCUGCGUGAACGUGGUAUUUCAAUUGAAACCAGAACAUUACUGUUACAAAAAAAAAGGCAAAUAACUGAAAAACCUAUUGAUGAAAAACCUGAAAACUUUUUAAUUGACUCAGAUAUUCACAGUAUACAUGAAUCAAUAACUAGUUUACGAGAUAUUAGUCAAGAAUAUGACUAUUCAUUCUCUUUACACGAUAUUAAUUUAUCAGUAAUCAACUCUUUAAUUCAUAGCUCACUAAGCAAUCAAAGCAGUGAUCCAAAAAUUUCACUAGGUUACUUACUCGUUUUUAAACAAUAUUCUGAAGAAAUAUUAAAGCAAGCAUUUGAUAUCAUUAAAGAUGACAAUUUGAUAACAUGUAGUCAAUAUCAUAAAAAAUCUCUUCAAGUUUUACUUUCCACUUCUCAUGUUAUACAAUCAAAAACUUAUGAAUAUGCUUCUAAAUUCUAUUCAAUAAUUGUGGGAAAAACAGAUACUGGUCGUUUCAAAGAAGCUUUUUUAACUUACGAAUGGAUUAAAAAUGAUUUAUUUGAAAGAAAAAUAUUAUUGUUGUCUCCAUCAUGUGGAUUUUGUACAUUAUUAACUAGUUUAUGUGCUUGUGAUUUUGUUGAUAUUUGUAUUGAGUUUGAUAAAAAGUUUCUUGAAUAUAUGUCUGAUGAAACUUCAGAUAAUGGAUCAAACUGUCUAAAAAAUACUUUGAAACGUAUGCGCAGUCGUCAUUUUGAUUUGUUAACUGAUAGUAAUGAUACAAUUGAGUACAUAAAAAUUAUUACAUCUAUAACAAAACAGUUAAAAAAUUAUCAAGUUGUUUGUAGAUUAAAAAACAAUAUUCCAAAUAUUGAAAAUGAUAUGAAUCCUGUAUUUGAGGAAAUUUUAAGUUAUCCAAUAUUUAAUCCAAAAUUAGAAUGUCUCAGUAAGUUAAAUGAGUUAUGUCAAAAUUUGCUUGAAUUUUGUAAAAGCAAAGAACAUUGUGGUGCAACACACAAAGAUAUUAAAGAAUAUUUCAAUAGUAUUUCUUUGUUUUUACUCAAAAUAUCAUUAAAUGAUUUAAUGGAUUACAAUUUUAUAUUGAGAGCUGGUAUUGAACUUCCAACAUAUGUACAUUAUAGUUAUGCAGAUGUUUGGUUAAUAAAAUUACCUAAUACUUCCGUUUGGAACAUUAAUGAAGAAAUUGAAAAAGAAGAGUUUGUUAAUGAUAGAAUCAAAGAUAUAAAUGGUCCUCCAUUAAAAAAAAUGAAAGAAGAAAUUUCAAAAUCUAAAGAUAGAAGUGAAGAAUUUAGUUUAAUCAAGGUACGACCUUGGACAAGAUUAGAUUUAACAAUAAACCAAAAAGUAUUAGAAAAAUUUUUAAAUUCUGUUCUAUCAAAAAUUGUUAAGAAACCAGGCAUUUUUUUAAAAAACCUGAAAAAAGAAUAUAAUCCAAUUAUCCAACCGUUACAUGUUAGAGAACUUGUUGAAAUGCUCGAAGCCAUGAAAUGUGUUAAAAUGAUUUCUAUUAAAAAUGUGUUAAAACCAUCAUGUUUUUCUGAACUUUGGCCAUCUAACCACAACUUAUCAUUUUGUGAUGCACUAGGUUUAGAAGAUGAAUCUUCAAUUAUGAUAGAGCCUACAUUAGAUUGUGAUCUAAGGUUUGGAUAUUGUUCUAGUAGAUUUACUUUUGAUAUUGAGUAACUUUUUGUAAUACUACCAAAAUACUUUACUUUUAUUAAAACAAUAAAAUAGUUUCCUUUUUUUAAUUGUAAUAAUUGUUACAUUAAACAAACAACUGAAUAUUCUUUUUUUUAUAUGUUAGAUAUUUCAUAACUUUUUUUUAUUAAUUUUUUACUUAGAUUAAAAGUUUUUUAUUUUUAUGAAAUAUCCUAUUGUAUGUAAAUAUACUGUAACAUUACACCAAUAAAAUAAGAAAAUAGUUACAAAAAAUUAA